GGACAUAACAGGAAGAGAGAGACGGCAAAACAUUGCUUUUACGUAAGCAAAGAAGAAUUAAAUAAGACAGAUUUUUGUUUUCUUUUGUGAUUCUGUUCAUUCUAAUGGUGCUCACAUGAAACUCCAUUGAUGAGAUUGAAGAAUAGAAAGGGAGUUUAUGGAAGUGAAAGCUGAUUAAUUCAUUUUUUCUGUGAGUUAAUUUUAUAAAAUUAUCAUUUUUGAGGGUCUUCGUUAAAGGGAUGAGUUGGAGAAGAGUUGCUAAAUCUGCACAGGCUUUUAUUGCUCAUGGACUGCUUUUCUGUUUCACCCUUUUGGUCUUACUCAAACUCAAUCAUGUAGUUACCUACUCAUGGUGGACAAUUUUUUCCCCACUUUGGUUGUUUCACACAACUGUCGCACGAGGCAGGUUCUCCUUGCCAGCUCCAUCAGUACCACAUGGUCGCCAUUGGGCACCUUGCCAUGCUGUUGUUGCAACACCGUUACUGGUUGCCUUUGAAAUACUCCUUUGCGUAUAUCUGGAGGGCAUCUAUGUUUUAUGCUGGAGUAGUAAUUUUGAUGAUAACCCUGGUUGGCCAUCUAAAACAAAUUUCACGUUCUGCACACUGUACGGGUUUGCAGCUGUAAACUUGAAAAUCGUCUUUGUUCCCUUGUUGGCGUUUGAAUUGAUCAUUCUGAUUGAUAAUUUCAGAAUGUGUAGGGCUCUAAUGCCAGGAGAUGAAGAAAGCAUGAGUGACGAAGCGAUAUGGGAAACCCUUCCUCACUUUUGGGUUGCAAUCUCCAUGGUUUUCUUCGUUGCUGCAACAAUGUUCACACUUCUUAAGUUGUCCGGAGAUGUUGGUGCCUUGGGAUGGUGGGAUUUAUUCAUAAAUUUUUGCAUCGCAGAGUGCUUUGCUUUUCUUGUGUGCACAAAAUGGUCUAACCCAGUGAUCCAUGCUCAAUCUCGCAAUAGAGAACCGAGAUCGUCUUCAACAGCUGUUAGGUUUGAUCGGAAUAGUGGGUUAUUAGUUACCUUUGAGGACGACCAGUAUCAGGAUAGGAUGUGUGGAUUGCAAGACAUUGGUGGUCAUAUCAUGAAAGUUCCACUAGUUGGUUUCCAAAUCCUUCUCUGCAUGCGGCUAGAGGGAACACCACCAAGUGCCAGGCACAUCCCUCUUUCAGUUCUUUUUGGUCCAUUGUUAUUACUGCAGGGGUUAGCGGUCUUUUUUGCAUUGUUGCAAUCGGUGGAGAGAAUUUAUCUGUUGCUUAAUAGUGAAGAUGUGCAAGGAAGAUAUUUUUCCAUCUCGUCAACAGCUCGUGAUUUUUUUGGGUUCUUGCAUCGUGGUUCUAGGCUUCUCGGCUGGUGGUCCAUUGAUGAAGGAAGUCGUGAGGAACAAGCUCGACUCUACCAUUCGGAGACUGCUGGGUAUAAUACAUUUUCUCGGUGUCCUCCCGAAGCAGUGAAGAAAAUGCCAAGAAAGGAUCUAGCCGAGGAGGUCUGGAGACUGCAAGCUUCCCUCGGUGAGCAAACACAAAUCACAAAAUAUAGCCAGGAGGAGUUUGAAAGACUUCAAAAUGAAAAAGUUUUAUGUAGAAUAUGUUUCGAGGGAGAUAUAAAUAUAAUUUUGCUUCCGUGCAAGCACCGCAUUCUGUGCAGCACCUGCUCGGAGAAGUGUAAGCGAUGCCCAGUUUGUCGAGUUCCCAUUGAGGAGGGCUUGCUUGUAUAUGAUGAUGUAUAGGUUUCCUAAUAUACUGCUUUUCCUCAUUUUUCGUUUUCGCUUGAUGGUCGGGGUCCUCGCGUGAUCGAUCGUACAUAAACAACAAGAAGAAAGUUUCACCCAGGAUUGGUUUUUUUUACUCGAUCCUCAUUUGAAAUACCUUUGCAAUUGAAAGUCAGUUUGUAGAUUUGUUGCCUAAAUUUGUAGCUUGGUUCUUUCUUUGUCUUUUCUACAGUUUGGUUUCAGUGUAAAUAAACAGUAUAAUUUUAGCGAAGGAAAGAAAAGAAAGGUGUUUUAUUGGGUGUUUA